GUAGUGUUCGUACGCCAUCUUUUAUUGAAACUUAACUACAGCUGUCAAAAUGAAGUGAACACUCAUUUUUCCUCUGACGGCGAAAAAUUAAGAACUAUUUUUUAUAUACAUUAAUAUUUUGUGAACUGUGUUUGAUCGCACACUGAUUUUAAUGUGGCUAUUUGUUAUUAAUUACACAUCGUAAACUCCAUAGAAAUCAAUAGAAGGCAGACAUUCCGUCCGACCAACCGAAGCCUAGCGUCGUUGUAUGGAUCUUUGCUGCUGACCGCUGUGUGUCGCUUGAAAAAUAGGCUCAAAGUUUAUAAAAGUACUUAACAUCGCGCCAAACUCCGGGCGACCUCUGUGAAGAAAGUUUUUAAAAACACAAGAUCGUCAAUAAUAAUUGAAGGAUGUCUGCAACAAUAGAUGAAGAUUCAGAUGGACAAGAUUUGGAUACCAUCAUACACUCGAUAAAUAAGGAAAUUGAGGAAGUAACGCUUUGCUUAACCGAUGGCUUAGGUGGUGAUGAUGAUGAGGAGUCAGUGAAACUUUCUCAAGAUGAUAUUAAAGGUGAUGUAGAUAAGCAAUACUACUUGGAUGAAGGCGGAAAUUUGUUUUUAACUUUAACGUCAAGCAAGUCGGAUGAUAUGCCGAGCGGCACUAAAAGAAAAGCAAAGCCGUUACUGGGAGUUCAAGCAAAGCGAAAGGCAGGUAAAAGCAGUACUACUGUCAGCGGUGCAACGAAUACUGGCAAAGAAAAGUAUAUGGUUUAUAUUCCGGCUGAAAACAUUAAAACAGAAAAUGAGCAAACUGUUGAGGAUCCAGCUGCGAUUGAUGAAAUCUAUGAAUUCGAUGAACUGGAGGAGCAAAGUGGAUCUCAAGAGGAAGAAGGUGAACAGUUCUCUCUAUUAAAAGUGUUUCCGGUAAAAAAUAAAGAAUCCGCUGGCGGUACAGUACAAUAUUCAUGUCCUCAUUGCGAUUAUCAAGCCGAUAAGAGAUUUUUGUUAUCCCGACAUAUGAAGCGGCAUUCUGACGAUCGUCCGUUCAUUUGUUCCGUAUGCGAUCGCGGUUUCAAAACGAAUCAUACCUUACAAAAUCAUAUUAACGUACAUCUUGGUAGGAGACCACAUGCUUGCUUGUCAUGCGAAAGUCGUUUUACGACACCUGGAGAUUUGGCGAGACAUGUACGCUAUAAACACACGCAUGAGAAACGUCACAAGUGCACCGAAUGCGACUACGCUACAGUUGAGAUGAGUAAGCUGCAGCGGCAUAUGCGCGCUCACACAGGCGAACGCCCAUAUCAGUGCCCACAUUGCACUUACGCUUCACCGGAUAGCUUUAAAUUAAAACGACAUUUACGCACACAUACUGGUGAAAAACCGUAUGAGUGUGAUAUUUGUAAAUCGCGCUUUACGCAAUCAAACUCAUUGAAGUCGCACAAACUCAUACACAGUGUGGAUGACAAACCAGUCUUUCAAUGUGCGUUAUGUCCAACGACUUGCAGCCGCAAAUCGGAUCUGCGGAUACACGUUAAAAAGCUGCAUUAUUCAGAUCAUCCCAUACCAUGCACCAGAUGCGGCAAAGAAUUGCCCGAUCGUUAUAGCUAUAAGAUGCAUGUAAAAACGCACGAAGGAGAGCGCUGUUAUAGUUGCGAUCAAUGUAAUUACAAAUCGAUUUCCAUGCGUAAUCUGGAGAUGCACAAGCAAAUCCACAGCGAUGUCAAGCCAUUUAAGUGUGAUCAAUGCGGACAAACGUUCCGACAGAAGCAACUACUCGGUCGUCAUACAAAUCUUUAUCAUAAUGAAAAUUAUACACCGCCACCAAAGCUCAAAAAGACACAUACUUGCCCAUAUUGUAAAAGAGCAUUUGCGCACAAAGGCAAUUUGGUGCGACACAUGAAAUUGCAUGACGCAGCAGAUAAAGAAUCGAAAACCGAUAGGAUGAGCAAACUCGGCGACGAUAAUUUAUUCGAUAUAGUAGAUCCAUAUAUGACCGACGAGAACGACGAAGAGAAUGACGAAGAGAAUGACGAAGAAAAUGACGACGAGAACGACGAUGAUGCGACUAAUGAUGAAAAUUUCGAGGUAUUUGGUGUUAUAGAAGAGAUGGAAGAAAGUGAAAACGAUUUCACUAUCGAAACGGUUGAACCGACCACUAGUAAAGCGCACAUACAGAACAAAAGUACAACAGCGGCAACGAUGGCUAAUGGCAAAGGCAAAGGAAAAAAUAUAGAACUUAAAGUAGAGAGUAUCAGAAAUGAGGAUGAGAACAGUGCAGAGGAUGAUGUGAGUGGUUUGCCUAACUAUAUGGUGGUGAAAGUUCUAGAAACUGACGAUGAGUUGGAUGACGAGGACGGUGAUUGUGUUAUUUUAACGAAUUUAGACAACAUUAAAGAUGAGAAAGCUGACACUCAAUCCAAACUAAAUAUGAAUGAAUGCUUCGGUUUCGAAGAGGACUCUAAUAAUGAUGAGAUAGAGGAGUCAGUAUUGCUUGACAUCGUCGAAGAAAAUUAAGAAGAAAGCAAAGUUUCCAAUCGCCCUAAAGUAUUUACAUAUUCAGCGGAAUUAUUGUAUUUUUUGCAAUUUAUAUGCUAUAUAUUUUAAAGAAAAUAUAUGUUCUUAUAUGUAAUUGCUAUUCUAUUAUAUGUAUGUAAUACAAUAUUUUCGUGAAUCUAUACAUCUGUAAUACAUAACGAGCUCUUCCCGCGAAAAUAUAGUUAGUGGUGAAAAUUAAAUUUUAGAGAAGGGUUUUUUAUAGUAAUAAAGUAUAUUUAAGAUCUUAUAUAAUCGUACACAUUAUAUCCGCCUUACGAUUUGCUUGAGCAAAAACUACUCUUUUUGGCGCUUACGAUAUUUUCGCGAAAAGGUGUGUACUGCUUUAUGUAUUCAUAUGUAUGAACUAAAAUAUACGCAAAAGCGUACGAAAUAAACAUACCAUACAACCAAA